CCUACAUGGUCCUACUAUGACAACUAAGGAAAAAUUAAGCGUAGAUGGACUGAUAGUCCCUGCUUUUAAACCACUUUUAACCUUAGAAGAUGCCCGAAAACGUCUAGCAGAUAUUGUAAAUAUUCCUACCAGGAAAGAUGACGUUUUCAUAAGCUCGUAUCCAAAGUCAGGAAACCAUUGGCUCAAUGCAAUUGUGCCUCGUUUACUGAAUUCCUCUUUGGACACCAGCCACAGGAUGUCAAAUCAAUUCCUCGAAUUAAUAUCAGAUCUACAUGAGCUUCAAAAUGCACCUUCUCCUCGAAUAAUGACCUCCCACCUUCCAUAUCGAUACCUUCCAAAAGAAAAUAAUGGUAAAAUUUUCCACUCCAUUCGAAACCCCAAAGAUGUUGCAGUGUCCGCUUUUCACCAUUACACAACAGACCCAAUGGUCAAAGACUACGUACAUCCUGACUGGGCCCAUUUUUUGGAUGAUUUCUUACGUGGUGAGUGUUACUAUGGAAGUUGGUUUGAACGAGAGAAAGAAUGGAAAGAGGCAGCACGAGAAAAUCCCGGAAAGAUAUUGAUUGUUUAUUAUGAAGAUCUUAAGAAAAAUGGUAUGGAGACGAUGCAACAGAUAUCGAAUUUUCUAGGAACCUCGUCCGAUCCUACAUUUCUUCAAGCUGUUUAUGAUGAUUGUUCCUUUGAAAAAGUAAAGGAAAGAGAAAAGGGGAAACCAUGGGAGUUUAUCUACAGAAAAGGUGAAGUGGGUGAUUGGAAGUCUUUCUUUACUGUCGAACAAAGUGAGAAGCUUGAGCGUGUCUUUAACGAGAAAAUGAAGGAUUCCACCUUGAAGAUUCAAUGGAGUUAAAUGCUUAUAAGCAAUUUCCAGAUUAUUGAACGAUGUAUCAUGAGAUAUGUUUUGGUUUAGUUCUUUUUUAGCUAAUAGUCACUGUUACUAAAUGUUACAUGAAACUAUUUUGGAACAGAGUUAUUCAUGUAUAUCAGAUAAUGUGAAAAUGCUCUGACCUUCCUUUCGGUACCAACAUAUUGGACCUCUUGGCCUUGGAGUUUGGCCCACUUUUGCAAAAAAUUACCCAACCUUGGCCAUAACUUUUGAACAGUUGGUACUAGGGCUCUCAUACUUCACAUGUGUAUUCAGACCUUUCCAUAGGUGUAAAUAUUUUGACCUUUUGACCUUGACCUUAGAGUUUGACCCACUUUAAAAUAAAACUUUAACCUUGGCCAUAACUUUUGAACAGUUGGUACUAAGACAUUCAAAUAUCACAGGUAUUUUCCUUGUGAUAAGACCUUCCUUUGGAUAUCAACAAUUUUGACCUUUUGACCUUGGAGUUUGACCAACUUUUAAAAACUUUAACCUUCGCCAUAACUUUUGACAGUUGGUGCAAGGACAUUUACUAGUAUACUUUGCAUGUGUAUUUCUUAUGUCAAGGUCUUCACCUCCAUACCAUUAAUUUGACCCCUUGACCUUGACCUUGGAAUUUAACCCACUGAUAGAAAAUAUUAACCUUGACCAUUACUUUUAAAUGGUUGAUGCUUGGACUUUCAUAUUUACCAGGUAUAUCCAGUGACACAGGUCCUAUCUUUGAGUAACAACAUUUUUGAUCUAUUGACCUUGGACUUUUAAUUGCAUUGCAUUUGAUAAACUUUAAACUUUGUAAUCAGCGGCCAAACGGGGGUAUCAGUGUAACACAAACACAUCUUUUUAUUUCAUUUUUCCUCCUAAUUUACACACACACACACACCCUCACACACACCCUUACACACACACACACACCUACCCUCACCCUCACACACACACACACACACACACCCUCACACACACACACACA